UCUCCGAUCUCGUGUCUGUUUCUCUUUCUCUCUCCCUCUCUUGCGCUGUCCCUCAUUCAUGCACUCUUCCAUCUUUUUGCCAUUGUGCCAGCUCAAUUUAAAUGUAUCUGCUCUGUAUCUGUUCAAGUGGAGAUAAUCCAUGCAAAUCAGGAGCCGUGGCUCUCAAUGCCUGGUUCACAGAGAGGACUCAGCUUGAGGAGGUCACUCGUUCACAGCCGCUCCUCCCAUUAUAUUUUUCCCCUUAUUGCAGAACUGCUGUAUGUAUACAGUGACUGAAAGGACUCAAUUUACUGCAACUGCUGCCUGGCUUUACUUACAACUUUUUUUUUAUAAAGGAACUUACCUCCAUCUGCCUUUUCAAGUUUCAGGGUAGAAAGGCUCCCUUUAACUCCUGAAGACAGUAAAUCACAGUCUGUGUGGUGGUUCUCAGAAGACACUUAAAGGACUGAACUGGAUGCUCUACAUAGCACCCUUGCCAAAAGGGUUCGGAAAUGACUUCCAGCUUCCCACAGUAAUAAAAUGGCACUGUUUGGCAUCUUCGAGGUUACAGACCACUUACUCUAAACUUCACAAAUGGUUCUGAAGAGUAUGGAGCCUACGUAGACUCAUAAGAGCCCAGUGUUUCCAAAGGACAUUAAUUUUGAUUUCUCUGAUGAAGGCUUGUGGCUGUCCUUAUGCUUUACAAAACAUUACCAAAUCAGAGCCGAAAAGAAAACUGGUAUUUAUGGCACAAUGAAAAAUUUCAUCUUUCCCAGAAUGAUAUGAAGAUCAAUGAUGCAGACUGCUGGUUUUGAUGAAGCUGGGCAUUUAUAACUAGAUUCAUUAAGGAAUACAAAGAAAAUAUUUAAAGAGAUCAAUAAUGGUGUCUUCUGGUUGCAGAAUGCGAAGUCUGUGGUUUAUCAUUGUAAUCAGCUUCUUACCGAAUACAGAAGGUUUCAGCAGAGCAGCUUUACCAUUUGGGCUGGUGAGGCGAGAAUUAUCCUGUGAAGGUUAUUCUAUAGAUCUGCGGUGCCCGGGCAGUGAUGUCAUCAUGAUUGAGAGCGCUAACUAUGGUCGGACGGAUGACAAGAUUUGUGAUGCUGACCCAUUUCAGAUGGAGAAUACAGACUGCUACCUCCCCGAUGCCUUCAAAAUUAUGACUCAAAGGUGCAACAAUCGAACACAGUGUAUAGUAGUUACUGGGUCAGAUGUGUUUCCUGAUCCAUGUCCUGGAACAUACAAAUACCUUGAAGUCCAGUAUGAGUGUGUCCCUUACAUGGAGCAAAAAGUUUUUGUGUGUCCUGGGACCUUGAAAGCAAUUGUGGACUCACCAUGUAUAUAUGAAGCUGAACAAAAGGCAGGUGCUUGGUGCAAGGACCCUCUUCAGGCUGCAGAUAAAAUUUAUUUCAUGCCCUGGACUCCCUAUCGUACCGAUACUUUAAUAGAAUAUGCUUCUUUAGAAGAUUUCCAAAAUAGUCGCCAAACAACAACGUAUAAACUUCCAAAUCGAGUAGAUGGUACUGGAUUUGUGGUAUAUGAUGGUGCUGUCUUCUUUAACAAAGAAAGAACAAGGAAUAUUGUAAAAUUUGACUUGAGGACUAGAAUUAAAAGUGGCGAGGCCAUAAUUAACUAUGCCAACUACCAUGAUACCUCCCCAUACAGGUGGGGGGGAAAGACUGAUAUCGACCUAGCAGUUGAUGAAAAUGGCUUGUGGGUCAUUUAUGCCACUGAACAGAACAAUGGAAUGAUAGUUAUUAGCCAGCUGAAUCCAUACACUCUUCGAUUCGAAGCAACGUGGGAGACUGUAUACGACAAACGUGCCGCAUCAAACGCUUUUAUGAUAUGUGGAGUCCUCUAUGUGGUUAGGUCAGUUUAUCAAGACAAUGAAAGUGAAACAGGCAAGAACGCAAUUGAUUACAUUUAUAAUACCCGAUUAAACCGAGGAGAAUAUGUAGAUGUUCCCUUCCCCAACCAGUAUCAGUAUAUUGCUGCAGUGGAUUACAAUCCAAGAGAUAACCAACUUUACGUGUGGAACAAUAACUUCAUUUUACGGUAUUCUCUGGAGUUUGGUCCACCUGAUCCUGCCCAAGUGCCUACCACAGCUGUGACAAUAACUUCUUCAGCUGAGCUGUUCAAAACCACAAUAUCAACCACAAGCACUACUUCACAGAAAGGCCCCAUGAGCACAACUGUAGCUGGAUCACAGGAAGGAAGCAAAGGGACAAAACCACCUCCAGCAGUUUCUACAACCAAAAUUCCACCUGUAACAAAUAUUUUUCCCCUGCCAGAGAGAUUCUGUGAAGCGUUAGACUCCAAGGGGAUAAAGUGGCCUCAGACACAAAGGGGGAUGAUGGUUGAACGACCAUGCCCUAAGGGAACAAGAGGAACUGCCUCGUAUCUCUGCAUGGUUUCCACUGGAACAUGGAACCCUAAGGGCCCCGAUCUUAGCAACUGUACCUCACACUGGGUGAAUCAGCUGGCUCAGAAGAUCAGAAGUGGAGAAAAUGCUGCUAGUCUUGCCAAUGAACUGGCAAAACAUACCAAAGGGCCAGUGUUUGCUGGGGAUGUAAGUUCUUCAGUGAGAUUGAUGGAGCAGUUGGUGGAUAUCCUUGAUGCGCAGCUGCAGGAACUGAAACCUAGUGAAAAAGAUUCAGCAGGACGGAGUUAUAACAAGCUCCAAAAACGAGAGAAGACAUGCAGGGCUUACCUUAAGGCAAUUGUUGACACAGUGGACAACCUUCUGAGACCUGAAGCUUUGGAAUCAUGGAAACAUAUGAAUUCUUCUGAACAAGCACAUACUGCAACAAUGUUACUCGAUACAUUGGAAGAAGGAGCUUUUGUCCUAGCUGACAAUCUUUUAGAACCAACAAGGGUCUCAAUGCCCACAGAAAAUAUUGUCCUGGAAGUUGCCGUACUCAGUACAGAAGGACAGAUCCAAGACUUUAAAUUUCCUCUGGGCAUCAAAGGAGCAGGCAGCUCAAUCCAGCUCUCUGCAAAUACCGUCAAACAGAACAGCAGGAAUGGGCUUGCAAAGUUGGUGUUCAUCAUUUACCGGAGUCUGGGACAGUUCCUUAGUACAGAAAAUGCAACCAUUAAACUGGGUGCUGACUUUCUUGGUCGUAAUAGCACCAUUGCAGUGAAUUCUCACGUCAUUUCAGUUUCCAUCAAUAAAGAGUCCAGCCGAGUAUACCUGACUGAUCCUGUGCUUUUUACCCUGCCACACAUUGAUCCUGACAAUUAUUUCAAUGCAAACUGCUCCUUCUGGAACUACUCAGAGAGAACUAUGAUGGGAUAUUGGUCUACCCAGGGCUGCAAGCUGGUUGACACUAAUAAAACUCGAACAACGUGUUCAUGCAGCCACCUAACCAAUUUUGCAAUUCUCAUGGCCCACAGGGAAAUUGCAUAUAAAGAUGGAGUUCAUGAAUUACUUCUUACAGUCAUCACCUGGGUGGGAAUUGUCAUUUCCCUUGUUUGCCUGGCUAUCUGCAUCUUCACCUUUUGCUUUUUCCGUGGCCUACAGAGCGACCGAAAUACUAUUCACAAGAACCUUUGUAUCAACCUUUUCAUUGCUGAAUUUAUUUUCCUAAUAGGCAUUGAUAAGACAAAAUAUGCGAUUGCAUGCCCAAUAUUUGCAGGACUUCUACACUUUUUCUUUUUGGCAGCUUUUGCUUGGAUGUGCCUAGAAGGUGUGCAGCUAUAUCUAAUGUUAGUUGAAGUUUUUGAAAGUGAAUAUUCAAGGAAAAAAUAUUACUAUGUUGCUGGUUACUUGUUUCCUGCCACAGUGGUUGGAGUUUCAGCUGCUAUUGACUAUAAGAGCUAUGGAACAGAAAAAGCUUGCUGGCUUCAUGUUGAUAACUACUUUAUAUGGAGCUUCAUUGGACCUGUUACUUUCAUUAUUCUGCUAAAUAUUGUCUUCCUGGUGAUCACAUUAUGCAAAAUGGUGAAGCAUUCAAACACUUUGAAACCAGAUUCUAGCAGGUUGGAAAACAUUAAGUCUUGGGUGCUUGGCGCUUUUGCUCUUCUGUGUCUUCUUGGCCUCACCUGGUCAUUUGGGUUGCUUUUUAUUAACGAGGAGACUGUUGUGAUGGCAUAUCUCUUCACCAUAUUUAAUGCUUUCCAGGGAGUGUUCAUUUUCAUCUUUCACUGUGCUCUCCAAAAGAAAGUACGAAAAGAAUAUGGCAAGUGCUUCAGACAUUCAUACUGCUGUGGAGGCCUCCCAACUGAGAGUCCCCACAGUUCAGUGAAGGCAUCAACCACCAGAACCAGUGCUCGGUAUUCCUCUGGCACACAGAGUCGUAUAAGAAGAAUGUGGAAUGAUACUGUGAGAAAACAGUCUGAAUCUUCUUUUAUCUCAGGUGACAUCAAUAGCACUUCAACACUUAAUCAAGGAAUGACUGGCAAUUACCUACUAACAAACCCUCUUCUUCGACCCCACGGCACUAACAACCCCUAUAACACAUUGCUCGCUGAAACAGUUGUAUGUAAUGCCCCUUCAGCUCCUGUAUUUAACUCACCAGCUACUCUUAGGCCAGAUAGCCUGAGCAGACAGACAUGAUGUGAGUUGUCCAAAGACAUUCACUGAACAAUGCCAGGGAUACAAGUGCCAUGGAUACUCUACCGCUAAAUGGUAAUUUUAACAACAGCUACUCGCUGCGCAAGGGUGACUAUAGUGACAGCGUGCAAGUUGUGGACUGUGGACUAAGUCUGAAUGAUACUGCUUUUGAGAAAAUGAUCAUUUCAGAAUUAGUGCACAACAACUUACGGGGCAGCAGCAAGACUCACAACCUCGAGCUCACGUUACCAGUCAAACCUGUGAUUGGAGGUAGCAGCAGUGAAGAUGAUGCUAUUGUGGCAGAUGCUUCAUCUUUAAUGCACAGUGACAACCCAGGGCUGGAGCUCCAUCACAAAGAACUCGAGGCACCGCUUAUUCCUCAGCGGACUCACUCCCUUCUGUACCAACCCCAGAAGAAAGUGAAGUCUGAGGGAACUGACAGCUAUGUCUCCCAGCUGACAGCAGAGGCUGAAGAUCACCUACAGUCCCCCAACAGAGACUCUCUUUAUACAAGCAUGCCCAACCUUAGAGACUCUCCCUAUCCGGAGAGCAGCCCUGACAUGGAAGAAGACCUCUCUCCCUCCAGGAGGAGUGAGAAUGAGGACAUUUACUAUAAAAGCAUGCCAAAUCUUGGAGCUGGCCAUCAGCUUCAGAUGUGCUACCAGAUCAGCAGGGGCAAUAGUGAUGGUUAUAUAAUCCCAAUUAACAAAGAAGGGUGUAUUCCAGAAGGAGAUGUUAGAGAAGGACAAAUGCAGCUGGUUACAAGUCUUUAAUCGUAGAGCUAAGGAAUUCCAAGGCCACAUGCAAGUAUUAAUAAAUAAAGACUCCAUUGGCCUGAUGCAGCUCACUCAAACUCUGCUUGAAGAGAUGACUCUUGACCUGUGGUUCUCCAGUGUAAAAAAGAUGACUGAACCUUGCAGUUCUGUGAAUUUUUAUAAAACAUACAAAAACUUUGUAUAUACACAGAGUAUACUAAAAUGAAUUAUUUGUUACAAAGAAAAGAGAUGCCAACCAGGUAUUUUAAGAUUCUGCUGCUGUUUAGAGACAUUGUGAAACAAGCAAAACAAAACUUUUCAGCCAUUUUACUGCAGCAGUCUGUGAACUAAUUUGUAAAUAUGGCUGCACCAUUUUUGUAGGCCUGCAUUGUAUUAUAUACAAGACGUAGGCUUUAAAAUCCUGUGGGACAAAUUUACUGUACCUUACUAUUCCUGACAAGACUUGGAAAAGCAGGAGAGAUAUUCUGCAUCAGUUUGCAGUUCACUGCAAAUCUUUUACAUUAAGGCAAAGAUUGAAAACAUGCUUAACCACUAGCAAUCAAGCCACAGGCCUUAUUUCAUAUGUUUCCUCAACUGUACAAUGAACUAUUCUCAUGAAAAAUGGCUAAAGAAAUUAUAUUUUGUUCUAUUGCUAGGGUAAAAUAAAUACAUUUGUGUCCAACUGAAAUAUAAUUGUCAUUAAAAUAAUUUUAAAGAGUGAAGAGAAUAUUGUGAAAAGCUCUUGGUUGCACAUGUUAGGAAAUGUUUUUUCUUACACUUUGUCAUGGUAAGUUCUACCCAUUUUCACUUCUUUUCCACUGUAUACAGUGUUCUGCUUUGACAAGUUAGUCUUUAUUACUUACAUUUAAAUUUCUUAUUGCCAAAAGAACGUGUUUUAUGGGGAGAAAAAAACUCUUCCAAGCCAGUUAUGCCAUGCCUUGCACAGAAGUGGUGAAAUCUAGAAAAGAUUGUGUGUCACCCCUCUGUUCAUUCUUGAACAGAGGGCAAAGAGGGCACUGGGCACUUCUCACAAACUUUCUAGUGAACAAAAGGUGCCUAUUCUUUUUUAAAAAAAUAAAAUAAAACAUAAAUAUUACUCUUCCAUAUUCCUUCUGCCUAUAUUUAGUAAUUAAUUUAUUUUAUGAUAAAAUUCUAAUGAAAUGUAAAUUGUUUCAGCAAAAUUCUGCUUUUCUUUUCAUCCCUUUGUGUAAACCUGUUAAUAAUGAGCCCAUCACUAAUAUCCAGUGUAAAGUUUAACACGGUUUGACAGUAAAUAAAUGUGAAUUUUUUCAAGUAGU